AUGAAAAUAACAUCUAAGACCUUUGAUAUAUUUGGGUGGAUAAUAUAAUUCAUGUAUGAAUGCCUUAAGAAUGAAAAGAAAAAGGAUUCACUAACUCAAUAAGAGCUUUUAGAUUAUGAUUUUGUAUCUGGACAAGUGGGUAAAGUUAUUCUUUUUUGGAUUUAAACAGUAUACUUUUUAGAUGUUAACUUUUUAUAUAAACUUGAGACUGUAUUGUUAAUAAUAGGAUAUUAUUUCUUUGUUGCUUUUAUGGUUUUAGUUGAAUAAAAAUACGUUUAUGAUGGAUAUUCGUACACAUUUCAUAGAAUAAUUACAAACAGAUUUAUGAACUUAAUAGUCAAUGGUAUUUCAAUAUUAAUAUUCCAUUAAAAAUAAUCCUUACUCAUUACAUGGGAAAAUAUAAAAAAAAAAUAAAUAGAGUUUGAUGAUUUUGUUGUGGCUGCUCUUGUUAUAUCUACAGGUUUUGAUAUUAUACAAAUAUUAUUUUAAUUAAGUACUGUUACAUUUUCUGGUAUGAAAGAAGUAGAUAAAACAGAGAAUUUUUAUUCGAAAGGAGGAUGUAUUUAAUUAUGUAUUGGCUAAUUUAUUGGAAUUGUAUUAUUGGGAGGAUCAAUUUUAAUUAUGUAUUAUUAUAAGGAAAUUCCCUUUUAGAGUUUAUUAGAUUUAAGAAUUAUUAUUUUGGAAGGUUCAGUGGGCUUGGAGUUUUUAUUGUCUUGUAUUUAUUAUAGUUGUAAUGAUAAAGGAAAGGAAGAUGCACCCAAAUCUAAGAAAAUACUUUGUUUUGGUUAUGGAUUUUGUAUUGGAGCUAUGGGUAUAAUAUCUGGACCGGCAAUUCUUAUAAUUUUAUUUUUUUAUGCAUUGUUAAGAUGUACUUGUUGCUGUUAUAGAUUUUCAUGUAAGUGUCUUAUUUGUUGUUGGUGUGCUAAGGUUGAUUAAAGUUUGCAAUAUUAGUUUGAGAAUCUUAAUACUAAUGAAAUCUAAGCAAUAAAAAAGGAGAAGAAUUGA